AUGGGUCAAACCAACUCACGUAUCGACUCAAAUUCAACUUCAAUACCCUCAUCUGGGGGCUGUCCAGUUCCUCAUGCAGCCUCUCCAUCCCCUCCAGACCUUGCUCAGCCUGCAAAAUGCCCUGUUGAUCACACGCCACCUCAAAAGGCUGCUCAGUGUCCCGUAGACCAUGAUGCAGUCAACCCACUGAAUCAGAUGCCUACUCUGUCUCAAAUGCCCUCACAAAUGCAAGGCAUACACCUUCCUACAGACCGAACAGAAUCCUCUAUUCCUAGGGAUAGCAGUUCGAAAUGGGAGUAUCCAUCACCACAACAGUUCUACAAUGCUCUUGUUCGAAAGGGAUGGGAAACUCCCGAAGAGCAUGUCGUUACAAUGGUAGAGAUACACAAUUUCCUCAAUGAGGAAGCUUGGGAGGAGGUGAGGAAGUGGGAGCGAAGACAUAAUUGUGAUGAAGGUCUACAACUCACACGUUUUAAAGGCCGUCCAGGCGAGAUUUCGCCCAAAGCACGGUUUUGGAUGUUCGCUGGAUGGCUUCUACCAUCUCGAUUCAAUUCUGAACCACCCUUCGACAGACAUGAUUGGAUAGUCCGUCGGCCAACCACUGGUGAAGAAGUCCGCUAUGUUAUAGAUUACUACUCUGCUCCACCCGAACCUGAUGGCUCGCCGGUCUUUUCCUUGGAUGUUCGACCAGCCAUCGAUAGCUUCGGAAGCCUUGCAGAUCGCAUAGCUGUGGCGACAGAAAAAGUAUGGGCGAACAUACGCGAUAACGACAAAAAUCCUCCUGGACCAAGCAAACUCUAA